AUGGAGGACUUCGCCGCAGCAAUGGGCCUCCAACUCCUCACCAGGCCGACAGCUGACCGGAGCAACAUAGCACCGAAAGAAGCCCUCACCGCAGCACAACCACCUAGGGACCCAGCCAAGAAACGGCCCCCUCCACAGGCAGAGGCAGCCACCCCACGAUGA